UUAUUGUCGUUUUGUUCGUUUUAUCCAAAAGAAAAACAAAAAAAACAUACACACAUUCUGUCACCAAAAAGGCAAGAUAUCAUCAUCAUCAUCAUCAUUCUUGUUGAGAAAACGUUGUUCGGAUUCGGAUUUCGAAUGCAACAAAAAAAAUAAAACAUCCAUCCAUCCAUCAUCAUUGCGAACCACACCACCAUUUUUUAUGAUUAUUAAAAGGAUGUAUUGAUCAUAUAUACAAUCAAAUAUCAAACACAUUCAAUGAUUGCCUUGCUUAGAUAAAUAUUAUCAACAUUUUUUUUCGUUAUUUGAAUUCAAUUGAUUUCAAAAAGUUGAUGUCGUCGUUUAUUUGUCACCAGAUUUUACAAAAAUAAUUUAAUAUUUGAAUCAAAAUUUCUUCAACAAUAAUAAUCAUCAUCAUCAUUCAUAAUCAAGUGCAAUUAGUAAUUUCUUCAAUUCGAUCAGAUCGAAUCCGAAUUUCUCAACACACAAAAGCUGUUGUUCCAAUCAAUCAAUACAUUGAAAACGAGAAUAAAAACACCAAUCAAAAAAAUCAAAAAUAAAAUCGAACGGAUGAGUGUUUUCGAAGCAGAUGAUUGUUAUCAACCAAGCGAACGAGAAUUUCUUCAGCCAAAAUUAUACAAUACAUUCAACCAAAAUAAUAAUAAAAAUGAUAAAGAUGCAGCAUUCAAAUCGAAAAAGGUAAAUCCACCACCAAUUCGACCAGAUUUGAAAUAUAUUAAUGCUGAAGAUGAAGAUCAAAUGGAAAUCUAUGGCUUUAUGCCUAAUACAUUUAAAACUUUUCUAACAUGGACUAUAAUCAUUUUUACUUUUGGAAUAUUACGGCUUAUUUUUCAUUGGAAACCUCAUUGGAUGUUAUACUGUACGCACAAUCAAUGUUCGCUUGAAAAAGCUAAAAAAGUUUUGCUUAUUGAUCAUUUUAUGCAAAAAUUUACCGAAAAUGUUAUGCAUACUAUGAAUGAUCAAUUAAUUUAUCAUCAAAUUGGUAGCACAAAUUCUUCAUCAUCAUCAUCCGGUUGUUCAGUCAUACCGAAAUCAAAUGGUCAAUUUGAAAUGGUUGAUUCGAUCAUAUAUUUUGAAAAUAAAAAAGUUCGUUAUGUUUGGGAUAAUGAUUCAAAAGAAUUUUAUAAAGUACGUGGCUUGGACAAAGAUAUUAAAUGUACAUAUUUUUAUAAUCAAAAAGGCCUGACUGCUUUAGAACAAAAACAAAGGAGAAAAAUCUACGGAAUGAAUGAAAUUGAAGUAACAGUGCAAACUAUUACGCAAAUAUUAUUUCAAGAAGUGUUGGAACCAUUUUAUAUAUUUCAAGUAUUUAGCCUAAUUGUUUGGACAUGUGAUAGUUAUUAUUAUUAUGCAACAUGUAUUGUUGUUAUGUCAGCAUUAUCACUUACAUCUAGUGUUAUACAAACUCGAAGAAAUCAAAAACAAUUACAUGAUACUGUUCAAGGUACCGAUACGGUUAAUGUUUGUCGAGCAAAAGAAGAUUGUUAUGAAAAAAUUGAAUCAACACAAUUAGUUCCUGGUGAUAUUAUUGAAGUACCAUCAUUUGGUUGUACAAUGCAAUGUGAUGCUGUUUUGAUUUCUGGUAAUGUUAUUGUUAAUGAAUCAAUGCUUACUGGUGAAAGUGUUCCAGUAACAAAAACACCAUUACCAAGUACAUCGUUACAAAUGACCUAUAAUGCUAAAGAACAUGCAAAACAUACAUUAUUUUGUGGUACAAAAGUAAUACAAACACGUUAUUAUAAUAAUGUUAAAGUUCGAGCUGUUGUUAUUCGAAUUGGUUAUCAAACAGCCAAAGGUGAACUGGUUCGUUCGAUAAUGUUUCCAAAACCGGUGGAUUUUAAAUUAAAUCGUCAUAUACAUAAAUUUGUUGGAUUUUUAGCAAUGAUGGCCUUAGUUGGUUUUAUUUAUACGGUCGUUUUGAAAACACAACGUGGUGUUAAUUGGCAAAGUAUUGUGAUCAAAGCAUUGGAUUUGAUUACGAUUGUAAUACCACCAGCUUUACCGGCUGCAAUGACUAUUGGCGUAGUGUUUGCUCAAUCACGUUUACGUGAAUCGGAAAUAUUUUGUAUUUCACCACGUUCGAUCAACAUUAGUGGCUGUAUUAAUUGUGUUUGUUUUGAUAAAACUGGAACAUUAACCGAAGAUGAUUUAAGUUUUUCUGAAAUUGUUCCAAUAAAUAAUUCGUUGAAUCAAUUUGGCAAACCAAUCACCGAUUUGGUUAACGAUCUUGAAUGUGGCCCUUUGUUGAUCAGUCUUGCAUCCUGUCAUUCGUUAACAUUGAUUGAAGGAAAAAUGAUUGGCGAUCCUUUGGAUCAAAAAAUGUUCGAAGCUACUGGAUGGGUAUUAGAAGAACCAGAAGUAAAUGAUAGUUCCAAAUAUGAUUUAUUGGCUCCAAGUGUAGUUCGUCCUAAAAUUGAUUAUGAAAACAAAGAAGUCGGUAUCAUUCGACAAUUUCCAUUUUCAUCAAGUCUUCAACGAAUGAGUGUUGUUGUACGACAAAUUAAUGGAACUCGAUUUGAAUUAUAUGCAAAAGGUUCACCUGAAAUGAUUGCUUCGUUAUGUGAUCCAACUACAUUACCAUCCGAUUAUACAACAACGCUUCAAGAAUAUACUGAAAAAGGAUAUCGUGUUUUAGGACUUGCUUAUCGACCACUUACAUCAUUAAAUUAUCAUAAAAUGCAACGAGCAUCACGAGAAGAUUUGGAAAAAAAUCUAACAUUUCUUGGUUUGUUGGUCAUGGGUAAUAUGUUGAAAUCCGAAACAACCGAUGUUAUUGAAACAUUGAUUAGAGCCAACAUUCGAACUGUUAUGGUAACUGGUGAUAAUAUGUUGACAGCUUUAAGCGUUGCACGUGAAUGUUCAAUGAUACAACCAUGGCAUAAAGUAAUUCUAUUGGAAAUUGAUCCAGAAACUGUGAAUGCUGAUUGUCCGAAACUUCAUUGGAAAUUUGCUAACGCUGCACAUAUUUCCGAUUCUGUUAAUUAUAAAUUAUCAGCAUUGAAUGAACGUGAAAAAACACAUGUUGCUGUCAGUGGAAAAACAUUUCAUAUUUUACGUGAACAUUAUCCAGAUGUAUUGAAAAGAGUUGCUGUUCGUGGUACAGUGUUUGCACGUAUGUCACCGGAACAAAAACAAUUUCUAAUUGAAUUGUUACAAGAAAUUGGCUAUUAUGUUGGAAUGUGUGGCGAUGGUGCUAAUGAUUGUGGUGCACUCAAAGCAGCUCAUGCAGGCGUUUCAUUAUCCGAAACUGAAGCAUCGGUUGCAUCACCAUUUACAUCGAAAAGGCCAAAUAUUUCUUGUAUUCCAACUUUGAUACGAGAAGGUCGUGCAUCAAUUGUUACUGCUUUCGGUAUUCUUAAAUAUAUGGCUUGUUAUAGUCUUACUCAAUUUAUUUCUGUGAUAAUUCUUUAUACGUUUUAUUCAAAUUUAACCGACAAAGAAUUCCUUUAUAUCGAUCUAUUUUUAAUAACACUUUUUGUCAUGUUAUUUGGUCGAAAUAGAGCAUUUAAACGAUUGGAUCGUGAUCCACCGCCUUCAUCAUUAAUUGGAUUAACGCCAUUAGCUUCGAUUGUAUUACAAAUCAUUUUAGUCACUAUAAUGCAAGUAUUGUCAAUAAUAAUUGUUAAACAAGAACCAUGGUAUCAACCACAUGUUACAAACAAUAAUGAUGAUGAUCUAGCAAGUCAUGAUAAUUAUGCUUUAUUCGCUUCAUCUGUAUUUCAAUAUAUUACAUUGGCUGUUGUUUUUUCUAAAGGCAAACCAUAUCGACAGCCUUUAUAUACGAAUCAAUUAUUUCUUCUUUCGCUUAUUGUAAUGACAAUUCUAACUGUAGUGUUGGUCGUCUAUCCACCGGCAUUUAUAGCCAAUUUUUUUGAACUUUAUAUGAAACAUGUAACUUUGGAAUUUAGAAUUACAAUGAUACUUCUUGCAUUGGCACAUUUCAUUUUGGCUAUAUUUUUAGAGGUGAUUGUUGUGGAUUACUUUUUAUUUAAAAAAUCUUCACAUUGGUUCAAAUCUUUGAAUAAAUCAUCGGAAUCAUCAUCAUUAUAUAAAACAUUAGAUAAAGAAACAAAUAAAAAUACAUUAUGGUUACCACCUUAUUCAUUCGAAAAAACAAUUGAAAAAACAGAUUCAAAUGGUAUGAUUUCAUCAAAAGAUUCAUUGAAUACAGAAAAAUCUACACAAUCUAAUACAAAUCUAUUGCAAAAUGGUGAUCAUCAUUUUCAUGGAUCUUAUUUACAAGUUUAAUGCUAUUUCUUUAUUUGUUGAGCUUGUUUUUUUUUUCUAAAUUUUUUAAAUUAUUAUAUAAACAUUCGAUCCAUCCAAAUGAUAUUACCCUAUACAAAAAAAAAAUCGUUUAUUAUUAAUUGUAAUU